AUGACCGCUUCUGUUAGCGAAGCUGAGCAAACUGUGCUUGAUACAGACGAUUCCGUCGUCAUUGAUGUAAUUAACGGUAUACUGGAUCGCAUCGAAGCAGAUUUGUUAGUGGAAGGAACUUCUCGAGAAUCUGGAACUGAUACAGACUAUAUUCGUUCCGCAUCUAAAGAUUCUGUGCCUCAGUCAUCGACACACAAUCAUGAGGCAUAUAAGGGGACUGAAGAAUAUGCUGCUUCAGAUUCGAAGUUAGAAGAUGAUGAUCGUGACAUUUUCAAGCUGAAAACUAUUCAAUUCGACUCACUAAGAUUCUCUAUUGUAACUCAAAAUCUGAAUGGUCCUUGCCCUCUUAUAGCUCUUGUGAACGUUUUGGUGUUGAAAGGUAAGGCAAGACUUCCUUCUUCCGGUCAUGUCACCAGAGACGCUCUCACACACUUGGUUGCUGAUACUCUGCUGCAAAUGAGACCUGAGAAUAUGAAUACAUUUGUGGAAAGUAAUUACAACAGGAAUUUGGAUGAUGUGAUAAACUUGCUCCCCGAUCUUGGGAGUGGUUUGGAUGUCAAUAUAAGGUUCCGCCAUAUCAGCGACUUCGAAUUCACCCCGGCAUUGUCAUUGUUCGACCUUCUUCGUGUCAAUUUGUAUCAUGGAUGGCUUCCCGAUCCUCAAUUUGUGGAAAUUAGAAAUGCCAUAGGCGAACUUACUUACAACCAGCUGGUUGAGAGAAUUUGCGAUGAAGCUGAUCCGAACCGAUUUCUUUUUGAGGAGUUUCUGAGUGAAAACAUAUCGCAAUUGACCUAUCAUGGAUUGAUAGCUCUCAUGGAAGGGAUGAGUGACGGUGAACUGGCGGUGCUCUUUCGAAAUAACCAUUUCCACACUAUUCAUAAAAGAAAGGAUCUCCUCUACCUCCUUGUAUCCGAUAGCGGCUACGCAAAUGAAUCAAACAUUGUUUGGGAGUCUUUUAACACUAUCGACGGAAGUUCACUUUUUUUCACUGGUGACUUCAAUGUCAGUUCCCUUCCCGGUACUGUUCUAAACCAGUCAGAAGUGCUGUCAUCUACUGAAGCAGAUUUCUUGUUGGCGCAGAAAAUGCAAGCUUGUGAAGAAGAGCUUGCUCGACAAGAAGCCGAAAGAGAAAGAGCAAAUCGUAAAGAGGCUUCCCCAGCUCAACAGUGUUCGCUUCCGACUAGCCCAAGCCAACGUUCAUACGAGCGGACUCAUUACAGGAAUGGAAGACCUGUUGUCACGAGUUCUGGAUCAAAAGAUAAAAAGUGUACCAUUUCGUGA